AUGGAGAUCGAAGGAGCAGGAGGCGAUGCCGAGUACAAGAAGUUGGAGGCUGUGGUGAACAUGUUCGCAGGCUAUAACGACAAUUUGGCCAAGGAGGGCGAGCUGAAGGACGCCAUCCGCAAGGUAACCAAAGAAAUCGAUGGCAAAUGUCGCGAAAUGAAGACGAUCCUCGGUCAGAUCCACUCGGGGCGCACGGACGUGGCCGCGGUGUGCGCUCGGGCAAGGGCUUUCGUGCCGGGCCUGAAGGCCAACUUUGCCGAGCUGAAGGAGGUCGCCCAGAAGAACAAACACUACUACCAGUAUCGCGAGUUCUGGAAGAACGCCCAGUCCACGAUCGUGUUCCUGGUCGGGCUGGUGCAGUUCCUGGAGGACGGCCGGCUCAUCUCGCUCAGGGAGGUCGAGGAGAUGCUGGACCUGCCGGGCGAGGUUGAGGCAGAGGGAGCGCAGUCGUCGUUCGCCAUCGACAUUCCCGACUUCCUGUACGGUCUGGCGAUGAUUCCCAACGAACUGUCGCGCUUGUGUGUCAACAGAGCGACGGCCGGCGACUACGAGAUGGUCUCUAGGAUAGGCAAUUUCGUGAACGAGCUCUACGCAGGCUUCCAGCUGCUCAACCUCAAGAACGACUUCCUCAGGAAGAAGUACGAUUCGAUCAAGUACGACCUGAAGAAAAUCGAAGAGGUGACCUACGAUCUCAGCAUUCGAGGCCUCAUCAAGUCUCCCGGCGCUGUCUCUGCUCCCGCGUCGAGCAUGGCCGAGUGA